CGGUGCCCUGGUGGAAGCUCGGUGGGAGGGAAGAGGGCGGAGGACAGCGUUUGCAAGCCUGCCACUGGUGAGCUUCCAGAAUCCAAAGCAUCUGCCCGUGGACCUCAGCGGAAUGUGAAACCAAGCCAUUUCAAGUUAAAGAUAGACACAGUGCACAGCAAGAUCUGGAAGCCGGGUCUUAAAUCCAUGUCUCUCCCUAUAAUUUCAGAGUUCUGUUAGGAUCUCUGUUGUAAUGGACAUUUCAGUUAAGUUUAUUCUUUAAGUGAAUGUGCUAAGAAUUCAUAUAUGCUCUGGAUGUACUAGAAAUCGGAGGACUUGAGGCCACGGUGUACACACUCCAGGGCUUUAUGGCCACAUUUGGAACUCUGUGUUCUUACACUGCAUUAUCUGUCCUGCAUCUGUGAAUCCAUGGUGGGGCUCAUGCUGCGCUUCCUGCCUGCUGCCUUAGCCCUCACCCACCUGGGCCCUCCCACCUGCCUCGAAGGAAGUCUCCCCAUGUGGCCUCUGGAACAUUCCAUCCAAAUCUGACUUCCCCAGGAAGUGCCCAGGCAUCAUCAUUAUUUCAUUUCCCAGUUAAUCAAAAUAGCCAUCUCCUCACCACGAUUAUCUCAGAAUGAUUGAAGAUAGUGGGAAAAGAGGAAAUACAAUGGCGGAAAGAAGACAGCUAUUUGCAGAGAUGAGGGCGCAAGACCUGGACCGGAUCCGCCUCUCCACCUACAGAACGGCCUGCAAGCUGAGGUUUGUCCAGAAGAAAUGCAACCUGCACCUGGUGGACAUCUGGAAUGUCAUAGAAGCAUUGCGGGAAAAUGCUCUCAACAACCUGGACCCAAACAUAGAACUCAGCGUGGCCCGAUUGGAGGCUGUGAUCUCAACCAUUUUUUACCAGCUCAACAAACGGAUGCCAACCACUCACCAGAUCCAGGUGGAGCAGUCCGUCAGCCUCCUGCUUAACUUCCUGCUGGCCGCCCUGGACCCGGAAGGCCAUGGUAAAAGUUCAGUAUUUGCUGUCAAAAUGGCGUUAGCCACAUUGUGUGGAGGGAAGAUCAUGGACAAAUUAAGAUAUAUUUUCUCAAUGAUUUCUGACUCCAGUGGAGUGAUGGUUUAUGGACGCUAUGACCAGUUCCUGCAGGAAGUUCUCAAACUGCCCACAGCAGUUUUUGAAGGCCCUUCAUUUGGUUACACGGAACAGUCGGCUAGAUCCUGCUUCUCUCAGCAGAAAAAGGUCACCUUAAAUGGCUUCUUGGACACACUCAUGUCAGACCCCCCCCCACAGUGUCUGGUCUGGCUGCCCCUCCUGCACCGGCUGGCAAAUGUAGAAAAUGUCUUCCAUCCCGUCGAGUGUUCCUACUGCCACAGCGAGAGCAUGAUGGGCUUCCGCUACCGAUGCCAGCAGUGCCACGACUACCAGCUCUGCCAGGACUGCUUCUGGAGGGGGCACGCCAGCGGCUCCCACAGCAACCAGCACCAGAUGAAGGAGUACACAUCGUGGAAAUCACCUGCUAAGAAGCUAACUAAUGCACUAAGCAAGUCCCUGAGCUGUGCUUCCAGCCGCGAGCCUUUGCACCCCAUGUUCCCUGACCAGCCUGAGAAGCCACUCAACUUGGCCCACAUUGUGCCGCCCAGACCCGCGACCGGCGUGAGCGACGCCCUGUUCUCCCACUCCGUCCCUGCCUCGGGCAGCCCCUUCGUGGCCAGGAGCUCUCCUCCCAAGGACACUGACGCAGAACAGAGCAAACUGCUGGCUAGGGCUGUGCCAGCUUUUCUGAAGGGCAAAGGGACACAGUACCGUCUGAACGUGGCAGACAGGCUAGCUGAUGAACACGUUCUCAUCGGGAUGUAUGUCAGCAUGCUCCGGAGCAGCCCCUCAUGCAUGCUCGAUGAAGAGCACAGGCUGAUCGCCAGGUACGCAGCAAGACUGGCAGCGGAGUCCUCCUCCUCGCAGCCAGCUCAGCAGAGAAGUGUUCCGGACAUCGCCUUCACCAUUGAUGCAAAUAAGCAGCAGAGGCAGCUGAUUGCAGAACUAGAAAACAAGAACAGAGAAAUCUUGCAGGAGAUCCAGAGGCUGAGGCUUGAGCAUGAGCAGGCUUCCCAGGCCACUCCAGAGAGGGCCCAGCAGAACCCCACGCUGCUAGCCGAGCUCCGGCUCCUCAGACAGCGCAAGGAUGAGCUGGAGCAGAGAAUGUCUGCUCUCCAGGAGAGCCGGAGAGAGCUAAUGGUCCAAUUAGAGGGUCUCAUGAAGCUACUAAAGACCCAGGGGGCAGGCUCUCCUCGCUCCUCCCCCAGCCACACCAUCAGCAGGCCCAUCCCCAUGCCAGUCCGGUCCUCGUCUGCCGGCUCCACCCCGUCUCACACGCCUCAGGACUCUCUCACUGGUGUAGGGGGAGAUGUCCAGGAGGCAUUUGCACAAAGUUCGAGGAGAAAUUUAAGGAAUGACUUACUAGUAGCAGCAGAUUCUAUCACUAACACCAUGUCCUCUCUUGUGAAAGAGCUGAAUUCUGGGGUAGGGAGUGAAACCGAGAGUAAUGUGGAUUCUGAAUUUGCACGGACUCAGUUUGAGGAUCUGGUUCCCUCGCCAACCUCUGAGAAGGCCUUUCUAACACAAAUCCACGCCCGAAAGCCUGGGUACCUUCAUGGCGGAGUGACCCCAGCCAGCGCACACAGCGACGUGUCAGUAUCUUCUUGGAGGGCGACAGAAGACGGGGACACCUGUGCGCAGCCAGAGGGUGAGAGCUAUGAACACGACUCUGCCCGGCAGCUAGAGGAUGAGCUCCAGAUGGAGGAGUACCUGAGGCGGGAGCUGCAGGACGACACCUGCCAGCUCUGCGGCAGCACUGAGACCAGAUUCGAGUGCCCCCGUCCUGUGCCCGAGGCAAAAUGGCGUGUGUUGUUUUGGGCUUUUGUGUUUUUUGGUGGGUUUCUUUCCUUGAUACUCCAGAUUUACUUCUGGGGUCUGUUCUAAGUACCAGCCAGCAGCUUCACCUGUCCUGCCCACUAGAUACAGAAAUAUAUUGCAGGGUCGUUUCUUUCUUGUUCCAUGACGAGUUGCACCCCACCUCCAUCAGUGAUGAUGGUCUGUUAAUGAGCACCAGUCUAACACAACCCCCCCACAGUGCCAUGUUCGUGGAGGGAGGGAGGAGAGCGAAAUCUACUGUGUGGGAUUCAGGAAUCAGUUGUGGUUGGUCAAGACGCAAGUUGGGGUAAGUUUGGUCAGAGAGAGACGUGCUGGAGAUCGUGAAAAAUGGAUUCUCGAAUGACCUACUACAAGGCAGGAAGGUUCAUCUGUAAGUAGUGAUGUGAACUGAAUUGCAUAAGCGUGUGGCCUUGUCGUGAUAUACUGUGUGUUUUCUGAUAUGCAUGAGCCAAACUGUUGCAUCAUAAUUUAGCAGUGAUGUCUGCUUUAAUUUUGAUCAUCUUUCCUCCCUCACUAGUUCUUGGCUGUUAACUGUAGAUAAUGUAUGCACAGCAGCCUCCAGACGCUGCAGUCACCUUGGUUCGAUUCUGCGCAAGGAGCCACUAAAAAACCCCACUGUGUCCUCAGAAGAAGGGGCAUUAUUACCUUUGAACCAAAAAGAGGAAAAAAAUCAGAAGCAUUACAUGUUGAGGCUAAUUAACUGUAAGAGACCUUUUUAGUUCUGACUACUGUAAUUUGACACCAUUUGAACUAAGUCAAAGACACUAAAGAUUUCAUGAUACUCAUUGGUAUUGUAACAAAACUACUGUAUGAUUUGUAUUGCUGUUAAGUACUGGUGUGUGUGUGUGUGUGUGUGUGUGUGUGUGUGUGUGUGUGUGUGUGUGUGUGUUGGAACCUCCUGGGGACAUGUUACAUUUUGAAGUGAUUAAGCUAUUUAAUUAUGUGUCUAUAUUUUGGAAUGGGAUUAUUUCUUCAUUAAAAAAGUUUUUA